GCGGAUCCUUUCAUUCAGCCAGUGUCUCUUCUUUCAUGGAGCUUAAGCUCAGCUCUGCUCUGGUAGGGUUUCUCCCUCUGCGAGGUCUCUCGCUUUCAUCCGGCAACUAAACCGUGUGACUUUGUAGUUCGCUUAUUGGAUUCAGUUGCCGGGGAACCUUCGCACUCGAGCUUCACCGCUUUCCUUACGUAGUCUUUGCUGAUCGAAUUCGUGAAGGUUCUGUCCGUUUCUGAGCUUGUCCCCUCCCAUUUGUGGACAAUAGCUCAGGAUUUAAGCGUUUCCAAUUGGGCCUCUAAUGGUAACAAACUGAUUCUGGGGUUUGGUGAAGGAGCCCUGUGUUUAGGGUUUUUAAGGUUUUCUCAGGUGGGCUAAAGUAAGGUGAUGCUGCCCCUAAUGCUUGUCUCUUCUUCCCUUUGCAAUUCACUGCCCUGGUAUGUUCGUGGUUCCUGUGAUUGAGGAAAGCCUGUACAAGUUAAGGGAGCUACUCCUUUUGUAGUAAAAUUGCUUUGAACCUGUAUAGUAUAGGUCUGAUUGUUCUGUAGUUUCUAAAGCAAUUCUAAUGAUGAUGAUGAGCUGGUGCGAAUCGUUUUGCUGUGUAACGCCACAGUUGAUGUAAAACUCUUUGAUGAGCAGGGAAGCCUUGGAACAUAGUUACUUCAUGAUAGUGAGCUCCAGCAAGAACCAAAGUUUGAUGAAUUUUUCCUGUUUGACUGGCCUAUACUUAGAUGAACCAUUCUAAGUUUUCUCCGGUGUUGAAUUUGAGCUGUUGGUCACCCAGAGUAGCUUUAGGGUCUGAAUGUAUUUUUUCAUUUGUUUGACCAUAUUGUGUUUUCCGUUUACAGCUUUGUCCACCGCUUUUGAAAUGUGGAUUUGUUGAGCUUCUAUUUAUUUAUGCAAAUUUUAGGCUUUUUGGCACUGAUACAUUAUUCUUCUAUCAGAUUCUGAGGAUUAGGCUGGCUUGACCUUGCAUCAUAGAGGUAUACUAGAGAAAAAUGAAAAAGAAGAAGAAUCCUUUGGUUUUCAUGGAUGUCUCCAUUGAUGGGGAUCCUGUUGAGAGAAUGAUUUUUGAGCUUUUUCCUGAUGUUGCUCCGAAGACGGCGGAAAAUUUCCGUGCACUUUGUACAGGAGAGAAGGGGAUUGGCCCAAAGACGGGGAAGCUGCUGCACUUUAAGGGUUCAUUCUUCCAUCGCAUUAUUCAAGGUUUAAUGGCUCAGGGCGGUGAUUUUCAUAAGAGAGACGGGAGCAGCGGAGAAAGUAUAUAUGGUGAGAAAUUUCCAGACGAGUCACCCAAACUGAAGCAUGAGGAACCUGGUCUUCUCUCAAUGUCAAUUGCUGACCGUGACGAUUUUGGCUCUCAUUUUGGAAUAACUUUCAAGGCUAAUCACCAUCUUGACAGGAAGUCUGUAGUCUUUGGGAAGCUUGUGCGAGGGCACGAAGUGUUAAAAAGGAUUGAGAAUGUGGGUGACAAGGAAGGCAAACCGACUGUUACAGUGAAAAUAAUUAAUUGUGGUGAAUUAAGUGAAGAUAAAAAGAAAGCAAAUAAGCUGAAGAUAGCAAAGGAUCCAACAUUCGAUGUUAGCAGUAAUGAAGUCCGGAGGAAGGGGAAAUACAAGAAAUCUUCCAGGGAUAGAAGGAAAAAGAGAAAGAGAUACUAUUCAUCUGAUUCUGAGAGUUCAUCUGACAUUGAGACUGAGACAUCUGAAUCUGAUAGUGACUCGGAUUCAUAUCUAUCUUCUUCUUCUGAUCUCAGCUGUUCAAGUGAUGAUAGGUGCAAGAGGAGAAAGAAAUCUUCCAAAAGAGAUAGGUAUAAAUGCAGUAAGAGAUGGGAUAAGCAUCGUGAUAGAAAGCGGAAGAGAAGGGAUAAGAAAUCCAAGCACAAGUCAAGAAGGGUGUCUUCAAGUCCUACAGAUACUGUAAGCGAGACCGGAAGUAGCUCAGAAGAUAACAGCCGUGAUGCUCGUGGGGAACAACCUAAAGAUGUUUCUGCAAAAUCUGCUGCAGAGAAGGAAGUUCCUUUUUUAUGUGAAAAUGGAGGAGAUUCUCCAAAAGAAAAUGGACAGCAGCGUGUUAACGGCAUUGAAGAAGACGGUCAAUACAUCAGAAGUCCAAAUGCACAACCUGAUGAAGUGGAUGACCAUCCAGGCAAAUCUAGCAGGAGCCGGAGCAUGAGCCCUGGAAAAGAUGUUAAUAAGGAUACAAUUUCACCGAGGAGUAUGAACAUGAGUUCUGGUGCAAGUCCCAGGAGUCGUGUAAGUCGGAGUCGAAGCAUAGCUAGUAAAAGCCCAAGCCCACCUUCCAGACGCAGGAGUGGCAAUAAAAGUCCUAUCAAGAGUGGGAAGAGCAGAAGCCCAGCACCGAGCAAAAAGUUUAGAAGUAUUAGCAGGAGUUCUGUGGAAGCCCAUUCUUGUAGAAGUGAUAGCAGGAGUCCUCCGAGGUCCAUUUCUCCUAGGAGCCUAAGUCGAAGCCCCCCAUCAAAAGCAAAAAAUAGUGGUAUUGCAAGGGCUUCAAGAAGCAUAAGCAGAAGCAGAAGCUCCAUGAGAAGAAGCAUUAGCAGAAGCCCAGUUAGGUCUUCUAGGAGAAGCUUAAGCGGGAGCUUGGUGAAGUCGGCCAGGAAAAGUAUUAGCAGAAGUCCAGUAAGGUCUAGCAGGAGAAGCAUUAGUAGAAGCCCGGUGAGAUCUACUAGAAGCAUAAGUAGAAGCCCUCCAAGGUCUACGAGAAGAAGCAUAAGCAGAAGCCCGGUGAGAUCUAGAAGAAGCCCGAGUAGAAGCCCGGUGAGGUCUCGGAGAAGAAGCAUGAGUAGAAGCCCAGUCCAGGCUUCCUGGAGAAGCAUUAGCAGGAGCCCUGUUCGACCUUCACGGAGAAGCAUAAGCAGGAGCCCUGCGCGGAGUUCUCGGAGAAGCAUAAGCAAGAGCCCUGUGCGGAGUUCUAAAAGAAGCAUUAGCAGGAGCCCUGUGCGAACUGCUCGGAGGAGCAUUAGCUGGAGCCCUUUGCGGACUUCUCGGAGAAGCAAAAGGAGAGGCUCAGGUAGACCUCCCUCAAGGCGAAGCAUCAGUAGGAGCCUUAGCCCUCCUGUACGUCAGGCAAGGUCUCCUCCAUCAGAUCGUCGAAGGAGUUAUUCAAGGAGCAUAUCCCCCGAUGGGUUGCCCAAGCGCAUUAAAAGGGGUAGGGGGUUCAGUGAACAUUAUGCUUACGCUCGUUGCUACAGGACUCCGUCUCCAGAUCCUCCAGUGAGGUCUUACCGUCACCGUGACAGGUACUCGAGCUACAGAAGAUACUCCCCUAGGCGGUAUCGGAGCCCUCCACGGGGAAGAACUUCUCUAAGGUACAGAAGCAGAAGAAGCCCUUCAGUCUCACCGAGCCAUCGUUACCGUGGCCGUCGCUAUACCCCAAGCCGUAGCCCUAGUCGCGACCGUUCCCCAGUCAAGAAGUCCCGUUCCCCUCCCCGGGAAAGAUCCUAUUCAAGGAGUUUGAGUCGCUCUGUGUCGAGGUCUUCUCGGGACUCCCCGUCCCCGCCCAGAAGGGCAAGGAAGGACCAUUUGAGGUCUUAACCCCGAAGGGCAAGCAAGGACCAUUUGAGGUCUUCAUCUUCAUCUCUGAGCCCGGCAGGGAAGAAGGGCCUUGUCUACUAUGAUGAUUUGUCUUCAGAAAGGUGAGAGUGGAGUUGUACUAGUGGAACAAUUGGUUCAUAGGGUGCGGCUUGUGAAGCUUACCUGGUCCAUAUAGCCUCUCUUGAGUUAGUAGACUUUCAUGGGUGCAUUUCCUCCGCAGUACAUACCAGUCAUGCACUUGCAGUUUUGACUUUUAGCUUUUGAAUUGCCACUUGAUGCGAAAUGUUGGUUGGCUAUACAUAUGGAGGAUUAUGCUUAUGGCGAUUUGGAGAUGAUGUUCUUGUUUUGGAUUAUUUUAUGCCUCGGUUCCUGA